CACAAUGUGGCACGGUCUCAGAGCGACGGAAGUAGAGUCGAAAGUGAGUGGGGAGACGAUGAUUGCAUCCCAUUACACGCAGGUCGUGUGGAGGGACACAGCGGCGCUGGGAUGCGGGUCGGCCACUUGUCCCUCUGGUGCCUUGUUCGUCGUUUGCAGCUACGACCCCCCGGGAAACGUUGUCGGUCAGCUUCCUUACUAGACUUGCUCUACGAAUAGCUGCGGCCGUCGAGCGACUCCGAGUUUCAUCUUUACUGAAGUGGUGGACAUAUACGACUGUUAUCUCAGUACAUUCAGCACUUGCACAUCAGUGGGAUGGGAUGAGAAUUUCAUAGGAGGGCACUCCAUCGCUGCCUGCCGUGAAGAUGACAGAGAGUGUAGUGAGAAUCGUGUCUCUGAAUACAGCGCAUUGUAAUUGCUUCUACUUUGGCUUAGUACUGACUGAUAUACUGUAGAUGAGAUUUAAAGUUGUGAUAAAUUAGUACAACCACUUUUAAGCAUAACUCGAAACCCUGGUAGGGCAUUGUGGUUGUACCUUGUUAUCAGUCGUUACGAGUAGCUUGAGGCUGGGAAAGAGCAAACGUCGUCUCCAUUUAUAGCUGAGUGGAUUUCAGAAAGCUCAAUCGUAAUACACAUUUUGGAGAGGG